UCAUCAAUUCAAGCUGUAAGUCUCAGUUUUGAAAAAGAUAUUCUACCAAGUAGACGUCGUUCCGCGUAAAGAUUUUUAACAAUGAGUUUUGCAAACAAAAUUGUUUUAGUAACUGGCGCGAGCGCUGGUAUUGGUGCAACCACGGCUGUAAUGUUUGCUAAAGAAGGCGCCAAAGUAGUCAUUUUGGGUAGGAACGAGGCAAAUUUGAAGAAAACCGCCGAUGAAAUUAAGAGAAUUGGAUCCACACCAUUAGUAAUCAAAGCAGAUGUAUCUAAAGAUGAAGAUGCUAAACGAACAAUCGAUAAUACUAUCGAAAAAUUUGGUAAAUUAGAUGUACUUAUCAACAAUGCUGGUGUUAUGCGUUUAGGACUUUUAAUCGACAACAGUAUAAUUAAAACCUAUGAUGAAAUGUUAAACACCAAUGUUCGUGGAAUGGUUAAUUUAACCAGCUUGGCAGCGCCACAUCUAAUAAAAACUAAAGGUAAUAUUAUCAAUAUAUCCAGUAUAGCUGGAAAGAUUCAUUUUCUACCAGCGUUGAAUGUGUACGGUAUGUCUAAAGCUGCUGUAAGUCAUUUCACACGAGGAGCUGCUAUGGAGUUGUCACCACUUGGAGUUAGAGUAAAUACUAUAAGUCCAGGUCUGGUCGGAACGGAGCUUACAAUUAAAGCUGGAGUAGAUAUUCCCAUAGAGGAGUUUAGUAAAAAAUCAUUACUCGGUAAAUAUUCAAGUUGUGAAGAAGUCGCCGAGUUGAUUCUUUAUUUAGCUAGCGAUAAAGCUAAAAGUGUUACUGGAUCGAAUUAUUUCAUUGACAAUGGUUUGACGAUGGGCGGCGAAGAUUGAGUAUUGAUUGAUUUUAAAAACUUUAAUAUAAAACGAUUGCCUUAGUAAAUUAGUGAAGCUCUUCCUUUGAAUUGUCUUAAUUUGUUUAAUAUUGUGAAAUAAAUGUAUUUAAAAAAUA